UAAGAGACAACUGCACUGAACAAAGAGGUCUAAGCAUCAGCCCAAGCAAUUUUGAGUCUUAAAAAUACCAAAGCUUUACCACAGUAACUCAGAAGUGAAGCCUGCUACACAAGAGGCUAGAGCAGAAAAUGUCAUUUCUACAAACCAGCCCACGACCAACUGACGGGAACACCACUCUCGUCUCGAUCUCCACUUUCAUUAACAACUCCACUUCAACCUCCACCUUCGGACCCAACAGCAUCACCUCUACAGCCAAUUACGUUUAUAGUUUCCUAUCUACAUUUGGUCUUGUUGCAGCUUGUUUCCUUGGCUAUGGCUUUGUCCUGUCGUUCAAAGCUCAGAGGAGAGUGGCCUGGUUGGACUGUCUGAUUUGUGCCUUCUGUGUUUUACAGUUACUGCUACUGCUGUUGUCUCUGUAUGCAGUGGCACAUAGAUCACAUAACUUGAAGACCACAGGGUUAGGGUGUGCUGCCUUCUCCUUCACAAUAAACACAGUAUUCACCAGUAGUCUAUUAGUCCUUGUGCUCCUGGCAUAUGUUCUUAGCAUGGAUCCACCAUCACAUGCAUUACUGAGAAAGCCAGGAAUCUGCACAAUUCUAGUCCUCCUGUUCUCUCUGCUGAUAUCCUUAAUGCUGGCAGGAAUUGGUGGCCCAAGACAAAAAAAAAGAUGUUUUAUGGAUCCAGUUUGUCUUCCAUAUGCUGUGGCUAAACUCCUGCUAGUCAUAUUAGUCCCAUAUAUUAUUCAGACGGCUCUCCUUAUUGCUGGCUGUGUGAGGCAAUGGAAAACUAGAGGGCGUUUCCUAUCUGGAUCUGAGGAGGGCCCAGUUUUUGUUACGGUUUCUUUAAUAUUAUUCAUUUGUGGGUUAUUUUACAGUGUGGCCCUUAUGAGAGCUGCAAUGUUAGAGAAAGAAAGGCAGCAAUUGAGCCCCAAAGAAGAGGCUUUUCUGAAUGUGUUUGAAUUUGUGUUUUUCUUGGGCAGUAGCAUCAGUUUGGUCUUGGUGUUGCUCCUCCACAGACCGUGUCGAGAAACACUCAAAGCCGUGAUGAGACAAAUGCAGGACUGCUGCAAGAAACCCAGACAAGCACAACCCAACCGCAACAUCAUUGCACCAACAAUAGAGCUCUCUGACACACUGCAAGACAUGGAACCAUGAACUGUUGGUGCUCAUUUGGACCAAUCAUUUGGAUGGGCAUUUUUGAGAGAUAAC